GCAUCCGUACAUAUCGGCGUACGUGCACUCGUUGCAAGGCACCUGUGGACGUUCAAGCAGAACCCGUGUACAAAAAUCAUGGCUCCAAACAAGAAGAAGAAAAAGCCCGCCGGCAACCCUGCACGCGGCUUUGCAACCACUUCCAUUGCGAGCAAACCCAAGCAGGAGAAAAUAAUUGCCAGCAAAGAAGAACAGAUCCCUGUCAAGGACGGUCAAGUUGAAACAACUGCAAUUUCUGAGCCCCAGUCUACUGCCGCGCCUGCUCCAGCAAAACCGGACCCUACUCCUGAGGAAUUAGAGGCCCAACUUGAGCGGGAUGAGCUUCAACUGCUGGUCGAGAAGAUCGCACCAAAGGUUCGUCGAGAGGCUCAACGCCAGGCUCUCAAGUGCCAUACCGACCGGAGACUGCUUCGAUCCCAGGCCGAAAACAUGACCGUACACGACUGGCUAUCAAAUGAUGUAGUCGACACCAUCAUCUCACUCGCACAAACGGAAUCCAACGAUUCGAAUAGACGACAAGGACAGCAAUCGCUUCUCAAAGUGCUGUCCGAAGAAGAUGCUUUAACCAAGUUGUGGCUACUAGAUCUCAUACUACGUGACUUGCGCUUUCUUCCAGAACACACUGAGCCUGUUCUCCGUUGGCUCUGCGCGAAUGCAGCCAGCAUUGACAAAUCGACCGGCAUUUGGGGCCUGCAAGAAGCUUUAGAGUGGCUAGCCUUGGAUCACUGUGAAGAUGCAUCUUUCUCAUACGAAGAGCCUAAACCACAACGGUCACGUGCAGACUCUUCGUCUAGCCCAUCGCGCCCAGGUACUCCUACCGCCGACAGUGCGACUCAUGUAGAACCAUCGGCCGGCAAUCCUACAUCUAUGGCACAGGAUCGAUCAGACACAACUGUAGAAAUCUCGUCAAAAUCUGGUUCUGUUGAACAUGUUUCUAGCGACAUAGCUGUUAGUGACAUUGAUAGCGAUCUAGAGCCUGAUCAACUCAUCCCUACUUAUCUAAAAGUAAAAAGCAAACUCUUUGAACUCGAUCCAGAUGCUGCGGACCCCGUCGUCAGGAAGCAGGGGAAGAAGGGGAAAGGUCGGGGUGCGAAGGCCACUCAGGUACCACAAUCACCAGCUGUCCGCAAACUCAUAUCCCAGAUCCAGCAGCUUGAAUCCGAUGCUCUCUUCGAUGCAGAAGAGGCUGAGGCUCAAUGGCCCGAGAAGCGGAAUGAGAUUGCUCGAAUGAAGGCUGUUCAGAGGUCAAAUGCCGAUUCUUCACCGGCAACAUCCGACCAAAAAUCCCAACCCGAUGUCCAAGAACGAAAACCUGUGGUGACCCCACAACAGCUUAAGCCAACUAAGCAGAAGGUUGACUCGAGUACGGAAGAUCCAGUCUCUGAUGGUGAUGAUGGUGGACUUUUAGGCGAUAUGUUUUCCUCGAUUCCUGACGAUGUUGCACCCGUGGAUGUUCCUGUUCAACAGGCAACAUCUGAAAAGGUAACAUUACGAGAUUUCGGGAAACAGACUGGCAUGACUCCGCGACGGGUUUUGGAAGAAGCCGUACGGUCAAGGGAUCCGGACGCUCGUAUAGCGUACAAAAUAGUGUCUCCAACCGUGUACUCUUGCCGGCAUCUACUGACAAUCAACUGGUCUCGAGCUCAAACUAGCGAAGUUGAUACCGAUAUUGAUGGAGUCGUUGCGACACAUUCGGCGAAGCGUUCUUCCUUUGAAGCAUCUUCCAUCGCUGCCAUUACUGUUGACCAAAGCGAAAGCUUCAUUUCUACAGUUGCACUUUUCAGUAUAUGUGCUGCUUUGCCUAAAGAAGAAAAGGUAUUCUUGCGACUGCCCUCUAAUUGGCGAGAUGUAUAUCGAGAUUAUUUGGAGCAUCGCAAGACCAGGCUGGACGCUGUUGACCGUGAUACGAUCAAGUAUAUUCGGUCGAUAAUUCAGGAUCAGUUGGACAACGAAGAGUCUGAUGGAGUCGUUUUAACUAGCCGUUUCAAGGCUCGCAAUCAGCAAGCAGCCACCUCUAACGGUUCCAGUUCGGGCUACAGUACUCCUCGGCAAGCACUUGAUGGCUUGAAGGAAUUGUGGAUGCAAAAAGCAUCGACUGCUUCGUACCAGCACAUGCUUACAGGCCGUAGCUCGCUUCCAGUCUUCGGCUUCAGGCAAUCAAUUCUCGCGACAAUCGAUAAACAUCAAGUAACAAUAAUAUGCGGUGAGACGGGCUGCGGAAAAAGCACUCAAAUACCUUCAUUUCUCCUCGAGCAUGAACUUUCUCAAGGAAAAUCCUGCAAAAUUUUCUGUACAGAACCUCGCCGUAUCUCAGCCAUAUCACUUGCUCAACGUGUAAGUGAGGAAUUGGGCGAGGGACCAAAGGAUCUGGGCACGUUCCGCUCUUUGGUCGGUUAUGCCAUUCGUUUGGAAUCGAAGACAGCGCCGUCGACUAGGCUUGUAUUUGCAACAGUCGGAGUAGUAUUACGCAUGCUCGAGUCAACCCAAGACUUGAAUGAGGUCACGCAUUUGGUCAUAGACGAAGUCCAUGAAAGGAGUAUCGAUACAGAUUUCUUGCUUAUCAUUCUGCGCUCACUGAUGCUCAAACGGCCGGAACUAAAGGUCGUUCUCAUGAGUGCAACAGUAGAUGCUCAGCGGUUUUCACGGUACUUGAACGACGCGCCGAUAUUGAACGUACCUGGACGAACGUUCCCAGUACAAACAAAGUUUCUUGAAGACGCCAUUGAGUUGACACAUUAUACUUCCUCGUCGGCGGACCAGCCGAAAGAAACGAAAACUAGCGACGAUGAUGAAGAAGAGAUGAUUUCGAAAGAAAAGUCCGGAAUACCCAACAAGCUCCCUGGCUAUAGUACUGCCACGAAGAACGUUCUGUCAGAAUACGACGAGUAUGCUAUAGAUUACGAGCUUAUUGUUCGUUUGAUGGAAGUCGUUGCGUACGACGCCCAAUUGAGUCGAUACAGCAGCGCUAUUCUGUGUUUCCUUCCUGGUAUUGCUGAGAUUCGACAAUUGAAUGACUUGCUCGUCACUCAUCCCUCUUUCAAUAAGCAUUGGUUGAUAUAUCCUCUGCACUCCACCAUCUCGAGUGAGGAGCAGCAAGCUGCCUUCCUAGUUCCACCGCCUGGAAUGAGAAAGAUAGUUCUUGCAACUAAUAUUGCGGAGACUGGUGUUACUAUUCCUGAUAUCACCUGUGUCAUCGACACAGGCAAACACAAAGAAAUGCGCUUUGAUGAACGCAGGCAACUCUCUCGACUCACUCAGUCAUUCAUUUCCCGUGCCAAUGCGAAGCAACGACGAGGCCGUGCGGGACGUGUGCAAGAGGGUCUCAGUUUUCACCUGUUCACCAAAUACCGCCACGACAAUCUUAUGAUGGAACAGCAAACUCCAGAGAUGCUGCGACUGUCACUCCAAGAUCUAGUCAUGCGAACCAAAAUUUGCAAGCUCGGUGAUAUCGAGAAAACUCUGUCGGAGGCUUUGGACCCUCCGUCGGCACGAAACAUACGUCGAGCCAUAGAUGCUCUUAUCGAAGUAGAUGCCCUCACACCUGGAGAAGAACUGACCCCCCUUGGACGUCAAAUCGCGAUUCUCCCAUUAGAUGCACAUCUGGGAAAGCUUGUCCUAUUAGCUAGUAUAUUCGGCUGUGUAGAUGUAGCUGUUACCAUCGCCGCCAUUCUCUCCUCGAAGUCACCUUUCCUCACGCCGUUCGGCGGAAAGUCGCGGGCUGAUGCAGCACGAUUAGCGUUCAAGAAAGGCGACUCCGACCUCGUCACCACCUACAACGCUUACAAGUCGUGGAAAACCGCAUGCACAACUGCAGGCCGCUCCGAACUUUCUUUCUGCCACAAAAACUUCCUUAGCGCCCAAACUCUGGGAAACAUCGAAGAUCUCAAAGCACAGCUCCUCUCAUCCCUUGCCGAAGCGGGCUUUGUUCAGCUCUCCCCGGACGAGCGCCGCGCUUUAAGCAGAUACCGCAGCACGUCCUCGCGCCACCGCGUCUUCGUAUCCGUCCCACCUGCCUACGACGCGAAUUCGGACAACGAAAUCCUCGUCAACUCGGUAAUCGCCGCGGCAUUCUACCCCAAGAUCCUGACACGCGACGGAAAAGGCUGGCGCAACAUCACCAACAACCAAACCGUCUCGCUAUCUCCAACAUCUGUCAACAAAGCCACCACCAUCAACAACGCUUCUUCUGCCCGCUACCUCUCAUACUACCACAUCAUGCAAUCAACGUCUAAAUUCUACAACGCGCAUUCUACAUCAGCGGCGUAUCCUCUGCCCAUGGUCCUCAUGGUCGGUGCUGAUAUGGACUUCAAGCUUCAUGCCGGCGUCGUCGGGUUCCCUAAUAACGCGCUUCGCUUCGCCGUUAAGGACUGGCGUGCCGCGGUCGCGCUUAAGGCGCUUAGACGAAGAGUCAAGGAGAUAAUGGCGGCUACAUGGCGGAACCCGGGACGUGGACUCAAUGGGAGGGACAAGGAAUGGGUGGAGAUCUUCCAGCGUGUCUUCGUGGAGAGGUUUGAGAAGGAGGAGAAAAUUAGAGAGAAGAGCGGGUUAAAGGGGAAAUAAGUGCCGUGUUUUCCGCUAUGAUUUCUUGUGUUGCAUUUGCACCAACAUCAGCAUCAUGUUCGCAGGGUUUUUGUGCUUUGCGUGCGCGCUAUACGGAAAAUUGUGGCUUUUUACUACUUGCAUUGCAUUGCAUUGCAUUGCAUUCUUGCAUAGGUGAAAUUGAGAUGUUCCGACAUUGCUGGAACACUUUCCGGUUCAGUGUAAGAGGGAGAAAAAAGAAAGCUUUGUUUUUCUGUGGGCGCCAAUUUGCUGUUUCUAGGUUCUUUAGAUGGAGGCUCUUGAAUUUGGGUUCAAAUAAGAUGAAUCAAUGAAUGAACUCUGCCGAUAUAUUCUCGAGGUUCUGAAAGCUCUGAGACGUUGUAUUUGCCCUUGAAUAACUGGUUUAUUUGAUGGUAGAUUGGUUUGGUGGGUUGUUGUUAAUGACACAGGAGUAGGACAAGGUCGUUCAUCAUUCUGAUGUCGAUACGAUGGGUGGAUCUUAAGAAAAGCGCAAGUGGAUUGAAAAUGACGAUUGUUCACCUUGGCGGUAGAUAUUGACGCAAGGUACUGUGAUUCAUUGUAACU